UCGCCUUCUCAUUUAAUCCACACACACACCACGCGGUCACAGGCGAAGAGAAGAGUACCGCCACAAAGCCAUGGCUCAAUCCAUGCUCGUCUCCAGCAUCGGCGGCAAAGAGGCUGCAUUGCUGCAGUCCCAGACUCACCGGCUCCGCCCCACGCCGUUCUCCCACCUCCUCCUUCCUCGAGUCCCUCACGGACGACAGCUUCCGCCGCCCGCUGCUUCCUUCUUCCCGACUCUCGCCAUAUUCAAGCCCAAAACCAAGGCUCCGGCCAAGAAGCAGGUAGCGAAGCCGAAGCCGAAGCGGAAGGUGGAAGAUGGCAUCUUCGGCACGUCAGGGGGGAUCGGCUUCACCAAGCAGAACGAGCUCUUCGUCGGCCGUGUCGCCAUGAUCGGGUUCGCGGCAUCUAUACUGGGAGAAGCGAUCACAGGGAAAGGAAUCCUAGCGCAGCUCAACUUGGAGACGGGAAUACCGAUCUAUGAGGCGGAGCCGCUCCUGCUCUUCUUCAUCCUCUUCACUCUUCUCGGAGCAAUAGGCGCUCUCGGCGACCGCGGAAGCUUCGUCGACGAUCCGCCCACGGGCCUGGAGGGGGCCGUCAUCCCUCCGGGCAAGGGGUUCAGAUCUGCUCUGGGACUGAAGGAAGGAGGUCCCCUCUUCGGAUUCACCAAGGCGAACGAGCUCUUCGUGGGGAGAUUGGCUCAGCUGGGGAUCGCAUUCUCCAUUAUCGGCGAGAUCGUCACAGGAAAGGGAGCGCUGGCGCAGCUCAACAUCGAAACCGGUGUGCCCAUCAGCGACAUCGAGCCACUGGUCCUGUUCAACGUUGUGUUCUUCUUCUUUGCAGCACUGAAUCCAGGGACCGGGAAGUUCGUCACUGACGUAGAAGAAGAAGAGUGAGAGUGUUGUGAUGGUUCAUGUAUCAGGGCAACCUCCAUGUCCAUUCUGUAGCUAAGUUUUGCAUGUACCUUGUAUAACAGGUGCAUAGAAACCCUAAACCUUCUUAUUUCUUUUCCUUUUGCCUUCUCCAUGGAGGAAGAACAGUUGUUUGGGCAAGUGACAGCACUACAUAUGCUGAUGACAUGAAUUGGAUGGUAAAGGUAUAACUACAUAUCACUUAAAAAAGUGCAGUAAAUUUUA